AGAUUUUAUAUAAAAAGCAACCACAAAAUAUUGGAUCCCGUGUAUAAAAGGAAUCACACCCAAUCAAUCUCGUUUCCCCGUCCCCUCUCUUCUUCAAUCCUCGCUCCAAAUCUCUAGCCCUAAUUUUGGUCCCGUAGAGGUAUUUGAUUUCGAUGGAUCGUGGAGAAUUGACGACUGAGGAGGUUUUGAAGAGGGAUAUACCAUGGGAGGCUUACAUGACGACCAAGCUCAUCACUGGGACUUGCUUGCAGCUGUUGAGGCGAUACGAUCACAAAUCUGAGAGCCAGCGAGCUGCGCUGCUCGAGGAUGAGGGGCCUGCAUAUGUUAGGGUUUUUGUGAACAUUUUGCGCGACAUUUCCAAGGAGGAAACAUUAGAAUAUGUCCUUGCCCUUAUUGAUGAAAUGCUCACAGCAAAUCCCAAACGCGCUAGGCUGUUUCAUGACAGUUCACUGUCAAGUACAGACACUUAUGAACCUUUCUUGAAAUUGCUUUGGAAGGGGAAUUGGUUCAUACAAGAAAAGAGUUGUAAAAUAUUGUCCCUCAUAGUGAGUGUUCGACCUAAACCACAUGAGGGUAUUGUUUCAAAUGGAGAAGCUACAAAUUCAAAGAGCACAUUUACAUCUACUAAUGAUGUGUUGAAUAGCUUGGUUGAAUGGUUAUGUUCACAGUUGAGGAAUCCAUCUCAUCCCAGUCGUUCUGUCCCAACGGCUAUCACAUGUCUAUCUACUUUGCUGAGGGAAUCUAGUGUUAGAGCUUCGUUUGUGCAAGCAGAUGGUGUGAAAUUGCUCAUUCCUUUGAUUUCUCCAGCAUCCACUCAACAGUCUAUCCAGCUUCUUUAUGAAACAUGCCUCUGUGUUUGGCUCUUGUCCUAUUAUGAGGCAGCAGUAGACUAUCUCUCCACUACUAGAGUCCUGCCGAGACUUGUGGAUGUUGUCAAAGGUUCCACUAAAGAAAAGGUUGUGAGGGUGGUCAUUUUGACCUUCAAAAAUCUGCUUUCAAAAGGGGCCUUUGGGGCGCAAAUGGUUGAUCUUGGAUUACCACAAAUUGUCCAGAGUCUAAAAGCACAGGCCUGGAGUGAUGAGGAUUUGUUGGAAGCACUGAAUCAACUCGAAGAGGGCCUCAAAGAUAACAUUAAAAGAUUAAGCUCUUUUGAUAAAUAUAAGCAAGAGGUCCUUUUGGGUCAUCUAGACUGGUCUCCUAUGCACAAGGAUCCAGGAUUCUGGCGUGAGAACAUUACAAAGUUCGAAGAAAAUGAUUUCCAGAUUUUGCGCGUUCUUGUCACAAUCAUGGACACAUCAAAUGAUCCAACAGCCCUCGCUGUCGCUUGCUACGAUCUCUCUCAGUUCAUGCAGUAUCAUCCUGGUGGUCGUAUUGUCGUCAGAGAUCUCAAGGCAAAGGAGCGGGUGAUGAAGCUCAUGAACCAUGAGAACUCCGAGGUAACUAAGAACGCUCUGCUUUGCGUCCAGAGGCUGUUCCUUGGAUCCAAAUACUCUAGCAUCUUGCAGGCGUAGAUUUGUACUAUAAUUAUAUUUCUUUGGGAGGGAAGAGGCUCUGUGUUUGUAGCCUGAACUGAUGAAUGCUACCCUCAAAUCAUCUUUGUCCAAAGUAGUACCUUUUAAGGGAAAGACGUGGAGUGUUGUCCCGUGAGGUGUGUUAUAUUUUUGAUAAAGUUCAAUUUGCUGGAGAAUGAAGUCAUUAAUUCAUUGUGCUUGUAAUAAAUGAUAUUGCUUAUACCAUUGUACUCCAAUUUUCAAUCGGUAAUAAUGUAUUCAAUUUGUCCUUGGGGGAGUUAGGGGCAUUGCCGUU